AUGGACUCUGAGUACAUCUUAUGCAGUUGGAAAGGCCGCUUUUGGCCAGCAAGGGUUUUGUCCAGAUCUGAAACGCCACCGAAAAAUAAGGGGGAAAAGGUAUGUUCUCUCGAAGUUCAAAUACUCUCAGUGGGUAAAAAGAUGAAAGUGAAAAACAAAGACAUAAAGAUCCUUGAUGAGUCUCAAAUCGAAUCUAUUACCUCCUCGCUAGGGGCCCAGUCCACAGCCAGAGUCCCACCAGGGGAGGGAGAGGCCUACAAAAGCGCUCUCACUCUGGCCCUGGAUAUUCUGCGAGAGAGAGCAGACCUGGGUGCAGCCAGGGCAUUCGAUGAUCCAGAGACCACUACAGUGUCUCAAAAGGGACCCCAGAAGCGAUCUCAUAAAAAGUUUCCAAAGCCCAAAGGGAGCUCACCGAGAAAUCUCAGGAAAAGUAAAAAACCCAAGUCAUUGUUGGUAGGUUCCCAGGGUGAGGAUGACCCCGAAGGUGACAAAUCCCAGGUGCACACUUCCCUGGCUCCCUCUCCAAGGAGAAGGCGAAGAAGACCCCCAAAGAGCCACAGCAUGUGCUCCAACCUCCCAUCACGUUCAGAAGAUGAGCGUGAGGCAGAGGGCCUGGCAAAAACAGGCACCUCGAGAGUUCCUUCCCGGACUCUCUCAGCCAAGCAGGAGGCUGCAGGUGCCAAAGAGGGAGGCAGCCUUCCACCUCAGCCAUCUGGUUCCGGAGUCACCGUGUCCAAGGCCCAGAAAAAAAAGGCACCACGUGGCACCUGCCCGAAGACCAUGGCCGUCUCCUCUGAGGGCCCUCCCUUCUCUGGAAAAAUCCAGGAUCCUGCAGAAGGUGUCCAGGUGCCAGGCUCACAAGGGUCAGCAGCAUCCUCCAGUGAUCUUAACCUCAGUCCGCGUUCUUCACCCCGUUUGGCCUGCAAAGUAAGGAGGCAUUGGGGGCCCGUGUUUUUGAGAGAACGGAAAAAACGCCAGCCUUCAGCUGCCUCUAAGGCUUCUCACCCAACCACCGCUGUUAAGAAGAAGAAGGGUGCCAAGGGAGCGGGACAACCCACAAGCAUGGCCUUCCCGCAGGAGCCGUGUCCCAUUGAAACAGGAAUGAUGGUCUGGUUUAAAUUCCAAAAUCUCCCGUUUUGGCCAGCAGUGGUCAAGAGUGUGAACCACACGGAGCGGACGGCCAGGGUGCUUCCGCUUGAGGCAGACUUGCACCGUGACCAGCGUGGCCUUCGAGUGCCUCUUCGGAGACUGAAGCACCUGGAAUGCAAAGCGAAGGAGAAGCUGCUGAAGAGAGCCAGGAAGGUGUACCAGCAGAGCGUGGACUGGUGCUUCUCCCUGAUUUCCCACUACAGGGAAAGGCUCGCUCAGGGAUCUUUCUCAGGCUCUUUCCUGGACUACUAUGCUGCGGACAUCAGCUACCCCAUGAGGAGAGCCGUCCAAGAGGGGGAGCUGUUCAUUGUCUUUCCCAAGGUGAAUUACGCAGACCUGGAAGAUUCUGAGGAGGAGAGCUCCCAGGGCAAGAAGAAGAUCCUCCCCGACCGCAUGAAGGCUGCUCGGGACCGAGACAACCAGAGGCUCGUGGACUUCAUCGUGAAAAAGAAGGGGGCUGACCAACACCUUCUGGACAUCGUCAAAGGCAGGAAGCAGUCCAGGUGGCUGGUGUCCUUUCUCAAUUCAAGUAGGUAUGUGAUCUGCGUGGAAACCUACCUGGAGGAUGAAGACCAGUUGGAUAUCGUGAUGGAUCAUCUAAUGGAGAUCUACAAGCACAUAGACAAGAAGAAGUUGCUUCUGACCAGAGACGACAAAGUGAGUUUUGUCCUGGAAGUCCUUCUGCCAGAAGCCAUCAUCUGUUCCAUCGCUGCACUUGAUGGGAUAGAUUACAAGGAGGCAGAAGAAAAGUACCGUCGAGGGCCACCCGUGCGUUACCGGGAAAAAGAUCUCUUUGAUGAAAAUAUCUUGAAGAAAAUAAAGAAGAGACGGUCAGUCAGGGGCAGGGCUAGAUAG